AUGCUCAGCUUCCUUGGAGGCGCACGCGCUUGCAUCGGCUACCGUUUCUCCCUCGUCGAGAUGAGAGCACUGUUGUUCGUCCUCGUGCGUGCCUUCGAGUUCGAACUCGCCGUACCUUCGAGUGAGAUCUCGAAGACGACGGCCAUGGUGACGCGACCGAUGGUCAAGAGCAAGCCCAAGCACGGCAAUCAGCUUCCGUCACUCGUCAAGGCCCUACUUUCCCAGUGCUGCAUCUGA